AAUGGAGAACAUAUUUCCUAUAUUCCUCGUUCGUUGGCUGAAAGUCGAGCUUUUCCUUCCAUUUCGCCUAUCUGUAUUUGACCAAAACUUAUUGGUGUGAAAAUUACACGGUCUACACGUACAUUCCGGUAAAUCGGUGCUUAAAUUUCUAUUUCCACCGAAGUGGUGGAACUUGUUUAUUACGUCGGUGACGUGACAUUACUGUCUUUGUACAGUCAUCAGGCAACAGCGAGAACUGGACGAAGACAUCGGCACCGGGCAAUACUCAUAGUUUGGAUUAAAGGCUCUAUUUUCUAUAUUCUUUUGUGAUCAAACUUAUUUGCGACAAUCGUGGGGCGAUGGAUUACGGAGAUCUAGUCGACAUUGGUUCUGGGCUUCUGGACGUAAAAGGUGUCAUUGACACGGUCUUACAAAACGAUAAUUUUUCCGUUGUUAAAGUUAACGGAAACAAGCAAGUUGUUGUUAAGACUAAAGUAAGACUGUGUAAAGCCAAAGACUGCACUGACUGCCACAAUUUGCACCUGUCCAAAUUCUACCUUUCUGGAGACUGUAAGAGGCGAGGGUGCCGCUUUAGCCAUGACAUGAACUCGGAGCACAACGCUCGAGUCCUGCGAGACAACAGUCUGCAGGAACUGGACAGGAACCAACUCCGUACCCUGCUGCUUCAGAACGACAGCACCCUCUUACCACCGGUGUGCUUUUCGUACAACAAAGGCAAUGGGGCGUACGGAAACUGCCCAGACCAGGAGAGCUGCAGGAGGCUGCACAUCUGUGACCGCUACCUCAGAGGAGCCUGUCAGGCCGGGGCCAACUGCCGCAGGUCACAUGACUUCUUCGAGCCCCACGCACAGAAAACCUUGCAGGAGAGAGGCGUGCCCAGCGAGCUGAUUGGCUCCACGCUGUCCGUCUACCAGAACAUCCAGGCCUUGAAGAACAGUGACAACGGCGUGAACAGGAAUCCGCCAACACAUGCAGGCAACGUGAACGGCAGCAGCAGAAGACAACAAGGCAAAAAGGUGUGAUGGCAAAGAAUAACGAGGGUAGAAGUGUGAUGGAGAGACAGCUGUUUCACGGCACCGAGUCCAAACACAUGGACGCCAUCUGCAAGCAGAAUUUCGACUGGAGGAUCUGUGGGACCCACGGAACCGCCUACG